AUGAAAAUGUAUGAUAUUUAUUUAAAUUUUUUUACUCUUCUUCAGAUUAAAUCAUCAAAUUAUUUAUUGUAAAAGAAAAUUAAAUUUUACUUUAGAGCAACAUAUAAUCACUUCUUUCUGGAGAAAAUUCUUUAGAAAAAAAACUAUUGGAGGAGGUCUCAUUGUAUGUUAAAAUAAGUUGAGAUAAAACUACAAGAAUUCAAAUGUAAAAGAAAAUAUAAGAAGGGUCAUUACAUUUAUAAUUUUCCAGGUUAAAUUUAUGAGAUUUAUUAACCAUCUUCUCAUAUACUCUAAUAUGCGGAUUUUGAAUAUUUAUCUUAAGUUGAGUGCAAUAAUACGACUAUUUCUGAAAUAUCAAAUCAAGUUAUUUUUGGUUAGAUUAAAAAUUUUAUAUUUCCGAAAACAUCAUCAUUGAUUCAUUUUUAUUGGCUGGUUGGAUUAGAAUUAAAAAUAUACAUCAAGUUGAUAAUAAGUUUACAUAUCAAUUUUUUAAAAUAAGCAAAAAAACUUAAUUUGAACAAUUCUCAAAUCCUAACUGUACUCCAAUUUAAUUACCCUUUAAAAUAUCUCCAAAUACUAAUAAAAUAAUACUAACUCCUACAAUUAUCCAUCUAUUACUUUAGAUUUUACUAAUAUAGAAAAUGUACUCAAUUCCUAAGCUUUAAGAAGGUUGUUUAUAAGGAAAUUAGAAAAAAGAUAAAUAUAAUGUUUUUAGUGUUAAUAUUUUAUGAUAAUUGA